AAAAGUUGCAUUAUCCCCUUGUCAAAAGCCUCUCCUCUUUUUUCUUUAUCAAAAGUCAACGCCCCUCUCAUCCUUCCCCUGAAAAUUUAAGAGCAAAAAAUCAGAGAGAAAACAAAAGAAAGCAUAAUUUGUUUGUUGUCUUUUUUAUGUUAUGGGUAAUGGUGUGGGCAAGUUAAGCGUGUGUUUCACCGGCGGCGGUGGAUAUGGCGGAGAAGAAGCUCGUCCUAGAAAAGAAAUAUCCUCGUUAUUGUUGGAUCCUCUCGACGAAGGACUCGGUCACUCUUUCUGCUACGUCAGACCCGAUUCUAGCCGACUUUAUUCAUCCAAAGUCUAUUCCGAAGAAUCCUCCACGACUUUCGGUACGAUCUCGGGAGCCUCAGUUAGCGCCAACACGUAUACGCCGCUUUCGACAGCGCUGGUGGAUCCCUACGUCUGUUACAACAGCAGCUGCUUCGAUCGAGCCGCGGCUUUCGAGAGCACCGCCUCGUUUUCAUCGAUCCCGCUGCAACCGAUUCCCAAGAAUAUGAUUAACUCUUCAGGUCCACUUUCGGGUAGCCUCGUUCCGGGUUCAGGUCCUUUAGAAAGAGGGUUCAUGUCGGGUCCGAUUGAGAGAGGGUUCAUGUCGGGACCUCUUGAUAAUAAUACUAAUAAUUAUAAUCGAGGUAUAUUUUCGGGUCCACUCGAUAAAGGCUUUUCCGAUCAGUUUCAAAGAAGCUUUUCUCAUGGAGCUUUUGCUUUUAAACCCAGAACGAGAAAAGGAUCUUUAAUUCGGGUUCUCCAAAGAGCAAUCUCAAAAACCGUAUCUCGCGGCCAAAAAUCCGUAGUGGCUCCAAUCAAAGGCGUGGUUUCGGUUAAAGAAUCGGAAUGGGUAAUCAGGUCCGAUAAGAACCUGAUUCAUCAUCAAAAUGAGAACUUGACGGUCAGUAGUUUGAAUCUGAGCAGUGAAGGUAGUUUAGAUGAUGAUGAGUCAAUGGGAAGUCAAAAUCUUCAAUGGGCACAGGGGAAAGCAGGUGAGGAUCGUAUACACGUCGUCGUUUCGGAGGAAUGCGGAUGGGUUUUCGUUGGGAUAUACGAUGGAUUCAACGGCCCUGAUGCUCCUGAUUUUCUGUUAUCAAAUCUUUAUUCCAAUGUUCAUAAAGAACUCAAGGGUUUGUUAUGGGAUGAUGAGCUUGAACAAGCCCCAGCAACUUCCCCUGAUCAGGGUUGCUCCGAUUAUGCUUGUUCCCGGUGUAUCGAGCAAGAGAACUACCCCUGUAAGAAAGAAGACAUUGAUUUCGAUUCUAAUCUGCGAUCGAAAAAGAAAAAGGGAAGGACAUCGAAGGUGAGGUAUAAGAGCAUGGCAAAUAAGUGGGAAGAGAAUCAAAGGAGGUGGAAGUGUGAAUGGGAUAGGGAAAGAUUAGAACUUGAUAGGAAAUUGAAGGAACAGUUGAAUAAAAACAAGUCUGAUAAAUCGAGUUCGAUGAUAAAUCACGGUGAUGUUUUGAAAGCUCUGUCUCGAGCUUUGAAGAAAACAGAGGAGUCUUAUUUGGAUAUUGCUGAUAAGAUGUUAAUGGAGAACCCAGAGUUGGCUUUGAUGGGUUCUUGUGUGCUUGUCAUGUUGAUGAAAGGUGAGGAUGUGUAUGUGAUGAAUGUUGGUGAUAGUAGGGCGGUUUUGGCGCAAAAGGCGGAGCCCGAUUACUGGUUGGGGAAGGUUAAACAGGAUUUGGAGAGGAUUAAUGAGGAAACACUGCAUGAUCUUGAAGGUUUUGAUGGAGAUAAAUUUAGUUCAAUUCCUGAUUUAACUGCUUUUCAGCUUAGUGUGGAUCAUAGCACCAAUGAAAAAGAGGAAGUUCAAAGAAUAAAAAAUGAACAUCCAGAUGAUCCUUCCGCUGUGAUGAACGACCGAGUUAAAGGUUCUUUGAAGGUCACUCGAGCUUUUGGGGCUGGUUUUCUCAAACAGCCUAAAUGGAACAAUGCACUUCUAGAGAUGUUCAGAAUAGAUUACAAAGGAAAUUCUCCAUAUAUCACUUGUGUACCAUCUCUCCACCACCACAGAUUAGGCCCCAAAGACAGAUUCUUGGUAUUAUCAUCCGAUGGGCUCUAUCAAUACUUAACAAAUGAGGAGGCUGUAUCUGAGGUUGAACUUUUCAUCACAUUGCAACCCGAAGGAGACCCUGCGCAGCAUCUCAUUGAAGAAGUGCUGUUCCGUGCUGCAAAGAAAGCAAGCAUGGACUUUCACGAGUUACUCGAAAUACCCCAAGGGGAUAGACGUCGGUACCAUGACGAUGUUUCCGUCAUAGUUAUUUCUUUAGAGGGGAGAAUAUGGAGAUAUUGUGUAUAAGUCAUAGAGAAAACCACAGACAGAAGACAUAGGAAAUAUGCCUCCCCCCCCCAAAAAAAAAAAAAAAAAAAAAAAGAAAAAAAGAACUCUGGCUUAUUGUUUUUGCCGUUUUUUCCUGAUCACCUGUGUAACAUAGCAAUGAAGCUCCUCAGAGGUUUGAGGAACGUAGUUAUGAAGAUGUAGUGGGUGGUGAGGGAAGUGUAAAGGUGUAAAAGCUGGUACAUGUUUAUUAUAAAUUGUCGUAGAAGUUGUAAUUUUGCUACUAGUAAAUGCCAAUUAUUCUUUUGGAAAAA